CCUCGGUGGGCUCCGUUAGCCGGGGUCAGGAACGGGGCCGGGCCUGCGGCACGGGCGCCCCAGAGCCGGGCGCUGCGCCCCGGGAGCCGCCCCGGGUGCCCGCCUGCCGGGCAAACAGCGUUUUACUUUUGGUUUCUAGCCGGGGCCAGCCCCCGCCGGGCAGGGCAGCUCCUGCCCGCCGGCCCGUCCCGCCGCCCGGGACACGGCCGGGGAGGGGGGACACGCGUGGAGUUGUGGGGUGGAGGGCAACAGGGAACGAACAAACUAACUAACUAACGAGAGUAUUUGUGAAACAUUUCAUCCGCUAUUGUUCGGCCGCCGUAGAAAGCUGCCCUGUGGAGAGGCGUCUGAUUUUCGAGGGAACUCUCUCUCCCAGGGUGAGCGCCGUAAAUAUCUCAACAGAUGCUCGGCUCGUUCGUAAUCAGCUCGGCUCCUCGGCGGGCAGCGCGGCAGCAGCGGCGGCGGCGGCGGCAGCAGGGUAUUAAUUCGGGAUAUGAGGGCUCUCCGCAACAUUUGGUUCUUUUUUCCAGAAAGGAAAGAUGGAAAAGGGGAGGGAUCGCCCGUGAGUCUGAGUGACAGUUUACAUAAUGAGCUUGUGAGGAUGCGAGGCAACUAUAUAAACAGCUCGAAGCGAAGCAAGUUUUCCAUUUACUGAGCGCUGUUAGCACCGGUUAAAGGAGGAGCGGUUCCACACUAAGCACUCCCCUCCGCGUCUCUCACCAAACCCACCCGGCUUUGGAGUUUAUAAAGGCGACGACAGCGAUCAGAGGUCGGCGGCUGGCUGCAGGAUUAAUUCCCAAAAGGGGACGGAUCGACACCUGGAUUUUACCUUCCGAUUUCUGCUGGUGCUCGGGGAAUAUUUGGAAGGGCAGGUUGCUCCCGGAGAAUCGCCGUGACGCCUCUCUUUUCUCACUCGACCAAGAAGCGCUUGCUUGGUCCAUUUGAGGAAUACAGAAGGAAAACUAAACCCACUAAGAACUGGAAGCUCGAAUAACACAAGGAUGACAGCCUUGCGCAUCUUUGGCUUGACGUUUCUGUUAACGAUUUUGCAGCAGAGGGUGUCCGGCUCCGGCGUCUUCCAGCUGGAGCUACACGAAUUCGUGAAUAGCCACGCGUCUCUGGCCAGCGGGAAGCCCUGCUCCCCCCACUGCAGGACCUUCUUUCGCGUUUGUUUGAAGCAUUUUCAGGCAGUGGUUUCCCCGGGCUCCUGCACUUUCGGCAGCAUCAUCACCCCGGUUCUGGGAAUAAACUCCUUCAGCAUCAAGGAUACAGAGAGAUUUGACAGUCCCAUUAAGCUCCCCUUUAACUUCACGUGGCCGGGAACCUUCUCCCUGAUCAUCCAGGCCUGGCACGCGCCUGACAACUACCUGCCGGAAGGCUCCCGGCCGCCCCCGCAGGAGUGGCUCAUCAGCCAGAUGUCGAUCCAGCGGUCGCUGUCGGUGGGCGAGGACUGGUCGCAGGACGUGCAUCAGGGCCCGCUGACCAAGCUGCGCUACUCCUACCGCGUGGUCUGCAGCGAGAACUAUUACGGCGAGAGCUGCUCCCGCCUCUGCAAGCGCCGCGACGACCGCUUCGGGCACUACGUGUGCGCGGCGGACGGGAGCCUGGCCUGCCUGCCCGGCUGGGCCGGCGAGUACUGCACCGACCCCAUCUGUCUGGCUGGAUGUACCGAACAGAAUGGAUAUUGCAACAAGCCUGGCGAGUGCAUCUGCCGUCCUGGUUGGCAAGGCCGCUACUGUGAUGAAUGCAUUCCCCAUAUAGGCUGCCGCCACGGGACUUGUAAAACACAAUGGCAGUGCAUAUGUGAUGAAGGAUGGGGCGGCCUCUUCUGUGAUCAAGAUCUGAACUACUGCACUCACCACAGGCCAUGCAAAAAUGGAGCCACUUGCAUGAACACUGGCCAGGGCAGCUACACGUGUGCGUGCAAACCCGGCUUCACCGGCGUCGACUGCGAGCACGAGAUCAGCGAGUGCGACAGCAAUCCCUGUCGGAACGGCGGCAGUUGCACGGAUAUGGAGAACGGUUAUCACUGCCUGUGCCCCCCUGGCUACUAUGGCACUCACUGUGAGCACAGCGCUCUGACGUGUGUAGAUUCUCCGUGCUUCAACGGUGGCACGUGCUUGGAAAAGGAGCAAGGGGCCAGCUACACUUGUGUGUGCCCUUUUGGCUUUACGGGGUCAAACUGUGAAAAAAAAGUAGACAGGUGCACAAGCAACCCGUGUGCAAAUGAUGGUAGUUGCUUUUACCUUGGGCAGAUUCGUGUGUGCCGCUGUCGGGCUGGUUUCUCUGGUCAGAAAUGUGAGAUAAACAUCAAUGAUUGUGCCAGAAACCCGUGUUCCAAUGGGGGAACUUGUCAUGAUCUGAUCAACGAUUACACCUGCACAUGCAUGCCAGGCUACAGUGGCAGGAACUGUGACAUCAAAACCAGAGAUGAAUGUGCUUCUGGGCCAUGUGAAAAUGGAGGCACAUGCUACAGUGGACUUUAUAGUGCCAACUUUGUUUGCUACUGUCCUUCUGGCUUCAUGGGCAACCGCUGUGAAUUGCCAGUUUAUUCAGUGCCCGUUACACUUCCUCCCAAACCAGUCCCCUGGAUUGCUAUAUCCAUGGGGGUGGGGCUGGUGGCUUUGCUCAUACUGUUCUGCAUGAUAGCAAUGGUCAUCAGGCAGAUGAGGAUGCACCCAGAGCAGGAGUUGGAGACAAUGAACAACCUGUCUGACUUCCAGAAGGACAAUCUCAUUCCAGCUUCCCAGCUGAAAAACACCAAUAAAAAUAAAGACCUUGAAGUGGACUGUGGGCUGGAGAAAUCAAACUACAAACCCAAGAACCAUAAACUGGACUACAAUCUGGUAAAAGACCUGACAAGUAGAGGGACACCGGAAGAUAAAUAUUACAAAAGUGAAAAGUGUUUAGGAGAGAAGUCUCCCCUCCGACUACACAGUGAAAAGCCAGAAUGCAGAAUAUCAGCGAUAUGCUCUCCGAGGGAUUCAAUGUACCAGUCCGUCUUUGUGAUAACAGAAGAAAGGAAUGAGUGCAUCAUAGCCACAGAGGUAUAAGACUGAAGACCAUUUGCACCUCAGAUUUGAUGAUGCCAGUAGAUGGACGUUCCUGCUGCAUUGUUUACAAUUCAGAACUGGAUUGGACUGUUUUUAAUUACAUGCAACUUGCUGCUCUCAGGCGGAGGAUGGAACUGAGUGAACUGGACAGACUGUGAAUUUACUGAAAGAUGCAAUACACCUUUUUGUUCUUACUGCCCUUGUUUGAAGUUUGAUACCAGAAAUCUCAUUUGCUAUUGAAAAGGGGAGGCAGAGGGAAGAGAGAGGUUAAAAAUGUUGGUUUUUUUAAAAGAUGCUGAGGCCAGUUCCUCAUGGACAGACCCCUGGCUUUCCAGAACUCUGGUUAUGGGAGGUGUUGGUAGAUAAGGAGGCACAUAACUGUCACAGAUGUUGCCAUGGAAGGUGCGAAGCAAGACACAUUGCUAUGCAGAUAAUGGAUACAGUAUAAAUGAGGUCUCAAUUUUUUCUGGGUUUAAAAGUGCCUAUAAUGUGUCAAGAGAAUCUAACAAGCCCAAACAGAAACUCGACUGCUCUUUUUGCAGUUACCUGAACAGUACUGGGCAGAGGUGGUUGAUACUUCCUGCUAAACAUCCAUUUGCAUCUCCUCUCUCCUGCUGCAUGUACUGGAGACUGUGUGAGGGGUGAGAGGAGGAGGAAAGAAGAAAACUGAAUUUACACGUCAACUCAUUUGGUGAUGCUUUGGAGAACUGAUUGACUCAAGCCACGAUGUGGAGCAUGAUUUUUGUGGAAGUUGUGAUAAGGAAUGUGUACUGCCUCGUCCCCACUGAUAGGGAGGAGGUGAUCCCAGCUCUAUAUAAGGCCUUACAAAUGCGUUUAAAAUCAAUCAGCUCCUAGAACCUUUAUGUGCUGAGCUGUCUCAGCUGUUUUCAUGCCCUUUGCACUACCAGUGAUUGUGAAUAGACAUUACUUCUUUUCUUCUCCUUCCUCAUUCUCUUCCCCCUGCCUUAUUUUGACACAAAUUCAGGGGUUUAUGUAGUGUUUCUGAAUUAGGUGCCACCUUUUACUGCAAAUAGUCUCAAAAUUGCAGCUGCUACUUUCUGAAGAAGCAGCAGCAGUGUGACACAACCCACUUACUCCCCCCCAUUUCUCCAUGUGGUUGCAAAACUCCAACUCUUGUUCUUCAUCCCGGUUCUAAAUGCCCAGUAGUGAAGCACCCACUGAGAUGCCCUCUGCCAAGACAGGCGGUGAUUAAAGUUAGAAGGUUUUAGGCUCAUCCUGUUUCUUUCAUACCCACCCAGUGCUACAUGGAAAAUGUGCUGUGUCUGUCGCUGGCAAGCAGAGGCGGGCAGAAGCUCCUUCCUUCUAUACAUAUUUACAGCAAUAAUACCGGACACCCCAGUGGAAAGUGCCGUGACACUCAUGAAUGAGACCGGGGCAAGGGGCAGAAUGAGGAGGGAGAAACAAGAUCUCUUAGAGGAAACCUGGACUGCUAUCUCUCUGACAGCGAUAUUCCUGCCCUUGCAAAGCCUGUUGGACUAGCCCAUCUGCUCCCUUGAACUGUGCAGACAAGACCCCUUCAUAUUGUCCACUACUGACCUUCUGCUCUGACCACGUAGGACCAUUUUGAAGAUGACCUUCAGAAAUCAAUAAUAUGGGUUUUAGUUUGUCUGUUUGUAGUUUAUUUUGAAGACUAGUAUUUCAGUAAUUUAAAAAAAAAAUCAGAAGCACUGAACUUUCUACGUUUUAUAACAUUAUUUUGUAUAUAAUGUAUAUUUAUAAUCAAAACAGAAGUGUAAAUAUGUUUAUUACUUCUCAUGUAAUGUUUUUAAUGUGAUGACAAAGUUUGAAUUUUAUUUUUUUUUUCAAGCAAUGAAAAUACUUUCC